AUGGGGUACAACCCCCAGCAGACUCAACAGACAGGUUAUGGGAUGGGAAACCAACCUCAAUACCAGCAACCGCAGUACCAGCAAUCGUUUCAACAACAACCAACUGGGUAUUAUAGUCAACCACAGCUUCAAACUCAAGCUACCGGUUUUUACCCCCAACAACCUCAAUUGAAUCAAGGGUUUGCUUCUCAGCCUACUGGGUUUGGCCAGCAACCUCAAUUACAAUCUCAACCUACUGGAUUCAUUCAAAGUCAGCCUACAGGCUUCCAACAACCCGCAACCACGGGAUUUGGAUCAAGUGGCUUUUCAGUGUCCAAGAACACCGAAUUGAAGAUCCCUAGUAUGAGAUUAUCCUUCAUUACCGCUUCUGACCAACAGAAGUUCGAAGAUUUGUUCCGUGCAUCUGUCCCAACAGGCGAACAAGCUCUUUCUGGUGAUGCUUCAAGAGAUAUUUUACUUAGAUCGGGUUUACAACCUGUCACGUUGGCAGAGAUCUGGUCAUUAUCAGACACCAAUAAGACUGGAUCCUUAUUAUUCCCAGAAUUUGCUUUGGCAUUACAUUUCUGUAAUUUGGCAUUAAAAGGUGAACCAUUACCAGGAAUGGUACCAGAGAAGUGGAUGAAUGAAGUGAAGAGUUUCGUGGACGCUAUCAACUUCAGUAUUCCUGAAGAUCCUUCUAAGAUUUUGCAGAACACCCCAUUUGCUCCUAAGCAAGAAGAUUGGUUAAGUAGUAUGCAACCACCAACAAGUUUCCAACCGCAACAGACCGGUUUUGGAAUGCAACCUCAAAGAACUGGUCCAGGUUUCCCUGGAACUACAUUCGGAAGUCAACCAACAGGGGGCGCUUCAAAUGCUCCUUUGACUUCACAAAGAACUGGCGGAGGAACUUUGAUUCCUUUACAACCUCAACAAACUGCCGGAUUAAUCCCUGCUCAGAAGACAGGUUCUUUUCAACCUUUGAAUAGUCAGAACACCGGGGCCGCUCAAGGUUCAGGAUUCAAUGGUUUGGUACCACAAAGAACAGGUCCUCUUCAACCUCAGACCACUGGAUUUAAUGGUUUAAGCGCUCAAAGAACAGGUCCCCAACCGGGUUUGACUACUUUCCAAUCCCAACCUACUGGAGGGUACCAACCUCCUCCCCAAACUGGAUUCCAGUCUCAACCUACUGGAGGAUUUCAAUCCCAACCUACUGGAGGAUUCCAAUCUCAACCUACUGGAGGAUUCCAAUCUCAACCAACAGGUUCUUUCCAACCUCAAACUACCGGUAUUCAACCCCAACAAACUGGUCUCCAAUCUCAGCAAACUGGUUACUUACAAAGUCAACCCACUGGUAAACCUGGUCAAUGGGGAUUUGUUUCCAUGCCCACGGGUGGUAUCCCAGGGUUGAAUGCGAUGGAACAGCACUUCUUACCUUCGUCUCAAAUGUCUUCUAAUAACUUGCAAAAUGCUAUGGGAGGUAAUUUGAAACAAAACGUUACUUGGGCCAUCACUAAGCAAGAAAAGCAAAUCUAUGACGGUAUUUUCAAUGCUUGGGAUGGUUCAAAGAGAGGUUAUGUCGAUGGAGAAGUAGCUAUCAACAUUUUUGGUAAAUCAGGAUUAUCUCGUCCAGAUUUAGAGUCUAUCUGGACUUUGGCCGAUGGUAGUAAUAGGGGUAAACUUAAUCGUGAUGAAUUUGCCGUAGCUAUGCAUUUAGUCUACCGUAGAUUAAAUGGUUAUGAUGUUCCUUUGAGAUUACCUCCAGAGUUAGUUCCACCUUCCAGUAAGCACAUUCAAGAUUCGUUCGACACUUUGAAACAAUCCAUUAGAGGUGGAGUUUCUAGAACGUCUUCCUCUUCAAACGUGAAGUCCAAUGGUAGCAGAUAUAAGAACGAUGAUGAUUCUGUCGGCUAUGUUUCCAGCACCCGUCACAGAAGUAGAAGUUACGGUGGAGAACCCAGUACUAGCAGUGUCAAAACUUCCAAGGAUAAUUUGAGUGUAGAAGAACUCAAGAAGUUAAUCCGUGAAAAGAAGAUUCUCUUGGAUGCCAUGGAUACCAAGGACCAAGAUGCUUCAAUCGCCAAUAGACAAGCAAAUUCAAAGGAGGCUGAAGAUAUUGCCAGACUUAAGAGACAGAUCAAGGGAGUUCAAGAUAGAUUGGAUACUUCUGCUGGAGGUCAAGCAUCAUUUGAUGAGAAGAAACAAUUAUUGGCCCGUUUAGACCAUCUUACUAAAGACGUGGUACCAACAUUGAUUUCUAAAAUUUAUCAGGUUAACGACAGUAUUGCUAAGAGCAAGAUAGAAGCUUUCAAAUUGAAGUUACUCAAGUCGAAUCCUGAUUGGAAACCUGACAGUAGUGAGGCCGAUAUUGUCGGCACUGGACCUAAUGGUGAAGUUACUGACACUGAUAGAAGAAAGUUCAGAUCCAAACAGUUGUUGAACCAAAGAAUGGCUGCGUUAACUGGAAAGACUUUUGGAGGUAAAGGUAAGAACGAGGAGCUUGAUAAUCAAUUAAAACAAACUGUUGAAGAAACCACUAAAGAGAAAGAGAGCCAAACAGGCAUGAUCAAGGACAUCACUGACAGUAUCAAAGACUUGGAAGAUGGGUGUGUGGCCAACUUACAGGUCACGAAUGAAGAAGAAGUAGGAGCCUCAAAAUGGGAGAAAGGUGAAGGUGUGACUAGUGAAGUAGCAGCUUUCAUCAAAGAAUUAGCUAGUACCAGACCUGCUCCUAAAGCUACUGUAACAAGUGCCUCAAAACCUGUUUCUCAACCUGUACGAGCUCCUACCAGCCAAUCCCCAAGUUAUAGCGCACCUGAAGACAGAGCUGCAUAUAUCAAAGCACAAGCUGAGAAGAGAAUGAACGAGAGAUUAGCCAAGCUCGGUAUCAGACGUAGAGGUCAAGACAAGGUCGAAGCUGAACCACAGGUUGAGAAGGCUGAACCAAAACCAGCCCCAACCGAGUCCAAACCCGUAGAAAAACCUGUUGAAAAACCUCAAUCAGUUUCACAACCAGUUUCACAGCCAGUUUCUCAACAAGAAGCCGCUGACGAUGAAAGUGAUGAUGAAGAGUAUAAAGCUCUCAUGAAACAAAAACAAGAGAUGGAAUCCAGGGAUAAGGAAAGAAGAGAUAAAAGAAAGAAAGAAAAAGAAGAACGAUUAGCUAAGUUGAGAAGGGAAAUGGAGGAAUUAAAGAAGAAGGAUGAAGAAGGGUAUUCUAGUGAUGAAGAAGAACCUGUCACAAGUGUCCCUACUUACACACCAGGAUCGAAAACUUCAACUCAACCUUCAGCUCCACCACAAGCCCCAUCUACCACAACUUCCUCCACACAGGAUUCACCUUUACCAGAGAAACCACAAGAGGAAAGAAAAGCUCAUGACAAUAAUCCUUUCGCUAAAAUGGGUAAUGGAACACCUCAGUUGGCUAAACAACCAACUGGCCAUAACACCAAUCCUUUCUUCAAGCCUACCAAUACUGGAACUCCGAUCGAUCAUAAAAAAGCUGAAGCUCAAAGAAACUCCCAAAGGGGUAUCGGAGCUGCUGACGAUGAUUGGAGUGAUUCCGAUAAAGAAGAAAGUGAUGAAGAAGAUGGAAAUCGUGCUGGUGCUGCUCAUUUGGCAAGUUUGUUAUUUGGUGGUAUGGCUCCUCCACCACAAAGAUCUACCGAUUCAAGUUUAAAUUUGAAGGAGGAAGAAAAGGAAGAUAAAAGGGAAUCUUCAGUGGAAUCAAAAGAUGAUUUCACUGAUGCUGUAGAAGAACCUGAACCAAUUUCCGAAACUGCACCAACUGCUCAAACUAUACCACCAAUCCCAGAAAGCGUACCACCCCCACCAACUGCGGCACAAGUACCAGUAUCAAUGCCACCCGUACCAGAUAUGGCGGUGCCACCGCCAAUUCCAACUGGUAUUCCACCAAUUCCAACUGAUGGACCUCCAGUUCCUGACAGCAUCCCACCUCCACCUCCACCUCCAAGUAUGGGAGCACCUCCACCACCUCCACCUCCACCAAAUAUGGGAGCACCACCUCCACCUCCACCUCCGCCACCUAUGGGGGUCCCACCACCUCCAUCAAGUAAUGGGGAUUCUAAUGGUUCAGCACCUGUUGCUCCUCCAAGUAUCUCUGCCUUACUCGGGGAAAUCAGAGGUGGUGCUUCGUUGAAGAAAGUUGACCUGAAUAGCCAAAGAAUUGCUGAUGGCUCAACUGUUGGUAGAGUUUUAUAA